AUGUUUGGUAAACAGGUGCUCCUUCAAGUAUGGAGGACAGAAAUCAACAUCUUCACGAGUCAAGGAGCUGAUCUGGAUAAGGAAGAUAAUGCAGGUAAGACUGCUCUAAACAAGGCUGCUUUCAAUGGUCGGCUUGAUGUUACCAAAUAUUUGAUCAGUCAAGGAGAUGAGGUGAAUAAGGGAAAUAAGACAGCUGAUGUGAAUAAAGAAGAUAAUGCAGGUGCGACUGCUCUACACAGUGCUGCUUUCAAUGGCCAUCUUGAUGUGAAUAAGGGAAAUAAGACAGGUGUGACUGCUCUACACAGUGCUGCUUUCAAUGGUCAUCCCGAUGUCAUGAAAUAUCUGAUCAGUCAAGGAGCUGAUGUGAAUAAGGGAGAUGAUUCCGGUAGGACUGCACUACAUGUGGCUGCUCAGGAAGGUAAUAUUGAUGUCACCAAAUAUCUCAUCAGUCAAGGAGCUGAUGUGGAUAAGGAAGAUAAUGCAGGUAAGACUGCUCUACACAGUGCUGCUUUCAAUGGUCAUCCCGAUGUCAUGAAAUAUCUGAUCAGUCAAGGAGCUGAUGUGAAUAAGGGAGAUAAUGCCGGUAGGACUGCACUACAUGUGGCUGCUCAGGAAGGUAAUAUUGAUGUCACCAAAUAUCUCAUCAGUCAAGGAGCUGAUGUGGAUAAGGAAGAUAAUGCAGAUGUGAAUAAGGGAGAUAAUGCCGGUAGGACUGCACUACACAAGGCUGCUCAGGAGGGUCAUCUUGAUAUCAUCACAUAUCUGAUCAGUCAAGGAGCUGAUGUGAAUAAAGAAGAUAAUGCAGGUGCGAAUGCUCUACACAGUGCUGCUUUCAAUGGCCAUCUUGAUGUGAACAAAGAAAAUAAUUCAGGUGCGACUGCCCUAUACAAGGCUGUUCAGGAGGGUCAUCUUGAUGUCAUCACAUAUCUCAUCAGUCAAGGAGCUGAUGUGAAUAAAGAAGAUAAUGCAGGUGCGACUGCUCUACACAGGGCUGCUCUCAAUGGCCAUCUUGAUAGUCAAGGAGCUGAUGUGAAUAAAGAAGAUAAUAAAGGUGCGACUGCUCUACACAGGGCUGCUUUCAAUGGCCAUCUUGAUACGUCAUCAAAUAUCUCAUCACCCAAGAAGCUGAGGUGA